GUAUAUUUUAUUUUGAUAGAUAUGGUCCUUAAAGAGGGAGGGACUUGUUAACAUCAACUACCAUAGUAUUGUGGGGUUUUGAGAAGGUUACAGAGAAGAACAGAAAAUACAUUAUACAUUAUUAAUACAGAGAAGGUUUUGAGAGUGUCUCAUUUCAACCAACCAUGCCCACUAUAAUUAGUAAUUGGAUUUUGUAUUUUUAGCUUCUUCCAGACUGUCAGUGACAUAAGAUACCAUCUCCUCUACCACCAGUACCAAUGAAUCGUACUUCUUCUCCUUCUUCACUUUUGCCUUCUUCUCAUCAUCACAUUUCACCAACUUCUUCAUCAACUGCCUUCUCUGUAGCAACAAUGAGGAACACUGACUUAACCAAUAAACCAAAGAAAGAGAGGUUUUCAGAUGAUACUAGUAUUCCAAGUAGCAGCAAGAGCAGUAGUGUGUCACCAAGGAAAGCUCCAAGGUCUAAUAUCGCUGAGUCGGCUAAUAAUAAAUACUCAUUCUCUGGGAACUAUGGUUUUGGUGUUCGUGUUGGUAAACCCACCCCGCCCUCCUCCUCAGCAGUGGACUGCAGUGAAUGGUAUUAUACACUAGUGAUGGCUACCUACAGGUCCUUUGUGUUACAUUGGAUUAUUUUACUUCAUUCUCUUUAAAUCUCCUCCUCUUUAUUUGCAUCGUGUGAUUUGUUAGAAAAUCAGUUUUUUAGUACAAUAA